AUCAUCAGCCCGCGACGACGACGGUGAAGAGAUAAACAAGACGGCUCCGCCCCCUUUCCUGCCCACUGUUGUUUUUUGUUGUCUUCUUUCCAGUUUCAAGUUCGUACCGCGUGGCGCGGCGGUAGCGACGGACAACGACGGCGGCGACGACGACGUCGAGCGUCGGGUACGAUCGCGCACAUGGUUGUUCCUCUCUUUAUUGAAACAUUCCGCUUAAUCCUUAUUCCUCACCUGCCUCCGGGGGCUGCCGGUUAUUGCUGAAUGCUGAGUCUCUACAACAAAGAGAUAUGAACAACGAGCAUCGGUCUCGCACGAUCGAGGCCGCUGAUAGCUCCACCGAUUUGGGAGAAACAGGGCUGGGUGGUAGCUUGAACUUGAUCCUCGGCGCGGGGAAUAUCAUUAAGUACCGAACGCCUUCUGGACGUGGACGGGUCGGGGAUAGACCUUUUAUGCCUCGCGCCCAUGAAGAUCAUUUAUAAUAGCUUGAUCUUGAUAUGUGUGGCGGGUUUUUGUGCACCAUCCCGUAGUCUUCGGUCUGCUGCAGAAAAGGUCUUUCAAGAUCACGGGGUGGAUCGAGUGCGGUCAUCUCGGACCGCGAUAGGAUCGUUCGAACGAUCCUGUAGGAAUGGUCGGAUGCGAUGAUAAAUGAGGCGUGCCGCCAAGUGCUAAUGUGCAACGCCCUAGGUUUACUCAAGUUUUGAGAAUUGCGAAAGAAGGAAUAAGUUGCAAAUGACACAGAUGGGUCCGGUCCGAGCUCGUAAGCUACAUUCGUUCCUAUUGAUGCAAAUCAGAAUGGUAAACAAUCAAAAUUCACAAGUCACUAUCACAAUCUGCUGACUGGACGCGUCAGACUUCCUAAAAUACAAAUAACUGAACCAGUCAAUGGGCGAUCGACGACUUGAUUGAAGUAGAUUGAAGUCGAUUGAAUUGAUUAACGCGAUACAAUCGAGCGUGACUUGCCAGCUUAGGGAUCCAAUUGAUAACAACCCUAUCAGUACGAAUCGAUAGUCGCUGCGGAAAGGUUUGUGAUCGUGAUUGCGAUGCGUGCUCCUCAGCUGUCUCUGCUGUUGUUCAUCUUUCUGGGACUUGCCGAGACUUCAUUUGGAUCCGAUGCCACAUCCUGUGUGGUAAAGUUUCAUGAUACCAGCUAUGGUGAAGGUGUUCACAAUGAAACCUUCACUGGGGUUCCGUAUUGCUCGUACUUGGGAGUUCGGUAUGCGGAAGCUCCAGUCGGGCCACUUCGGUUCAAAAAUACAGUUCUGCGACACCCCAGUGGAAUUGAAAACUACAUGACGAUGGGAAACAUAUGUCCACAAGAAAACGAUAUCUACAACUUCACGGAAGUUCAGGGUGACGAAGACUGCUUGUUUAUGAACAUCUACGCGCCGAAAAUUCCCGAAAGAGGCAAGUAUCCAGUUGUGGUGUAUGUUCAUGGAGGAACAUUCAUGGUAGGAUCUUCUCAAGAAAACGUCGGUAAUGGAGUUGACCUACUGAUCAACAGCGGUGUCAUGGUUGUCAGCGUCAACUACCGCCUGUCAGUGCUAGGUUUCCUGCGGUAUCCUGCAUUUAACAUAAGCGGAAACUUUGGUUUGAAAGAUCAGCGAGCAGCUUUGCAGUGGGUACAACGAUACAUCAAAUACUUUGGAGGUGAUCCCCAUCGCGUCACUCUGAUGGGACAGAGUGCCGGGGCCGGCUCAGUAACCUAUCACCUCUACUCAGAAGGUUCAUGUAACCUUUUCCAGCGACUAUUUGCCCUCAGCGGAUCCCUGUUAUCCCCUUGGGCUCUAAAUCACGACUCUCUCAAUGUCGGCGAGCAGCUCGUCGACUAUUACAACGUUUCCACCCUCGAAGAUCUUCAGCAAAUAAACUUCGAACGUUUAGUUAAUCGGAGCAGUUCAUUCGACAUCUUCGGAUUUUUCACAAUGUUCUACCCCGGUUUCAUCCCAUCCGUUGAAGAUCCGAACGACCCAGAGGCGUUCAUCACGGCCACGCCGCAAGAGCUUAUCAAACAAAAACCAAUCAAUCAAGUACCGAUCCUAAUGGGCCAUACUUCCACCGAAUUCGAGCUUCUUCUAUUCUAUGCAAAUUUUCUCUAUAUAGGUGACAACUUUCCCAACAACGAGGACGAGUCACUCCCUCAAAACCUUACCAGACUCAUAAAUCACAAGGUCAAACUUGCCAAAGAUCCCGAUUUCUACAGAAAACUAGCCAACGUAGCGAACCUGAAAUACCCCAUCAAGCGAUUGUUGCAGCACCUCUCCGACCAGCUGGACGCUGCCAUCCCCAUCUAUUACUUCGACUUUGAGUUCGACGGUCGAUUCGGGUUCUACAAGAAUCACUUCUACGUGACGCGGACCAACGGCAGUCGGUACGGGGCGGUGCACGGUGACGACUUGGGGUACAUCUUCUCGCCGUACGUGAUCGAGGAAGCCCUGGCCAACCGGACCGAGUUUCGCCGCGAGUGGAAGGUCCACGAGCGAACCGUCGAACUGGUGACGAACUUCGUGAAGUACGGUGAUCCCACUCCGAAGCGGAGCAAGCUGUCACAUGUGCGAUGGCCGGCGUACAAUCGGAACGAUACGGAAGCGAAACGAUACUUGCAUAUCGACGAAGCGUUCGAAAUUCGCGAGGAUCGCGAUGCCGAAGAUGAUUUCUUCCGGCUGUGGGAGCCGAUCUACCAGUGCUUGUAUUAUUACGAUUGUGAUACGCUGGGAGCGAUGGUGGAAGAAGUGGAACAGUUGGAGAUUCAAGGAAAUGCUUUGAUUGAUGUUAUUGACGAAAGUAUAAAUAUGAUUGGAAAUGAAGAGAGUUGAAUAAAUCGGUCGGUGAAUUUCUGAAUGAUACCGAUAACGUUGUAUAACAAGAAGCAC